AUGCUUGAUCCAGGUUCCAACCAUUCCAGUAACAAAACACCAAAACCUCCUUUUCAGACUGAUCGCCCAUACAUAACCAAUUUAGUCGAGAUACUGAUGAUGAUGUUGUAUCAACAUGCGAAACUUAGAAAAGAAAAAAAAUACCACGACCAGCACAUCGAUCAGAUCGAGUCUCUCUGCCGAGAACGUGCGCUGCAAGCUUUCGGACUAAACCACGACCACUGGGGUGUCAACGUGCAGCCUUACUCGUGGAAUUCAGCGAACUUCGCUGUCUUAGCCGGUCUUCUCUCCCCUGGUGAGAGGAUCAUGGGGUUGGAUUCUCCUUCCGGUGGUCACAUGAGUCAUGGAUACUACACGCCUGGCGGGAAGAAAGUCUCUGGCGCGUCUGUGUUCUUCGAGAGCUUUCCUUAUAAAGUGGAUCCUCGUACAGGGUACAUUGACUACGAGAAGCUUGAGGAGAAGGCGUUAGACUAUCGUCCCAAGAUACUUAUCUGUGGAGGGAGUUCGUAUCCGAGAGACUGGGAGUUUCCUAGGUUUAGGUUUAUCGCAGACAAAUGUGGAGCUAUUUUAAUGUUUGACAUGGCGCAGAUCAGCGGUCUCGUGGCUGCCAAGGAAGCUCCAAACCCGUUUGAGUAUUGCGAUGUUGUUACCUCGACAACGCACAAGUCUCUCCGUGGACCUAGGGGAGGUAUCAUAUUCUACAGGAGAGGCUUGAAGGGUGAGAAGCAGCAGAGCAUUAAUCUUAAUCACUGUGAGAGUAAUGUCCAGUAUGAUUUUGAAGAGAAGAUAAACUUUUCUGUCUUCCCUUCGCUGCAAGGAGGACCUCAUAAUAACCAUAUAGCUGCUCUAGCUAUUGCUCUCAAGCAGGCCGCUUCGCCAGAGUACAAAGUUUACAUGAGACAGGUCAAGAAAAACGCCAAGGCUUUAGCGUCUGCUUUGAUAAGCAGAAAGUGCAAGUUGGUUACAGGUGGCACUGAUAAUCAUUUGCUUCUUUGGGACCUGACUCCUUUGGGCUUGACAGGAAAGGUGUAUGAGAAAGUAUGCGAGAUGUGCCAUAUCACGGUCAACAAAGUUGCUAUUUUCAGCGAAAAUGGUGUUAUUUCUCCAGGAGGAGUGAGAAUAGGGAGUCCGGCUAUGACCUCAAGAGGUUGUCUAGAGCCAGAUUUUGAGACAAUGGCUGAGUUUCUGUAUAGAGCUGCUCAGAUAGCAAGUGGUGCACUAAGGGAGCACGGGAAGUUGCACAAGGAGCCGCUCAAAAGCAUGUAUCACUGUAAAGACAUUGCAGAGCUUCGGAACCAAGUCGAGGCUUUUGCUUCUCAGUUUGCAAUGCCUGCGUUUGAGAUUUGAAUGAGCCUGAAGAUUUUAAUAGUUAUCAACUAUUUACAUUCAACAUAUGUGGGGUAAAAAAAAAGGCAAACUUCCCUGUAUUGCUAUGAUUGUAAUUCUUCAAGGCUUGUGUACAUAGACAUUAGUUCUAUUCGUUGUGUUGGUUAUUAGUGUAUCCUUUAUGUUCUUUUCAAGUGGUAAUAAUAGAAGAGAAAAAACGA